CCGGUUUCCAUGGCAACCACAGGAACCCACAUAAGAGCUGUGAUUGCAACUUUUGCACUUGUGGCUCACUCCUGGUGAAUAUUUCGCGAUCAUUUACUUAUAUGCGUUAUUAAAGCAUUGCUAUUUUGUGCAAAGCACCGUGCAACCUUUUCCUAGAGUUAAACUUCUAAAGCAGUUCAACUUUAUUACUUUGCAUAGCACCUUGCUGACCCCUCCUCAAGCGUUUAAUACACUAAAAAGUCUGAGGACAACUGGAAAAACUCGCCGUUCGUUUACUGAAGUGCACUGGAUCCCGACCAGUUUCCAGAUGAGCUGCGACGAGGAUCAAGGACUGGAAGCCGUGAUUCAGAAGCUGGAGGAGUCACUGCUUAACCCAGAUAGCAGUGCUGAGGAGAAGACCUACACCGUGAGGGGCGAUGAGGAGGAGUGCAACACCACACCAGUUCCUGCCCGCAUCCGCGAGAUCAUCACCAGAAACCUGGCUGAUGUGCCCACAGGCGAGGGCAGUGAGCUGGAGGAGAACCGGCUGCUGAAGGAUCUGCCUACUCAAAUGUCUGCAGACAGAGAGCAGCUGCUCAGCAGGCAGGCUGCGAUCACUAGUCGGCUGGAGCAGAUGCUGUUGCAGCAAUCAGGAGAUUCAGACCAGCAGAGUGUCUAUGGUGCGGAUCAAGGGUGGCCAAGAGAGGAAGGACGUUCGUACAGGCUGAAGCUCCAAGCCUAUCAAGAGAGCCAACACAGACAGGCUCAGCUGGUGCAGAAACUACAAGCCAAGUUGCUCCAGUAUAAGAAGAGAUGUGGAAAUCUAGAGCAGCAAGUCCUGGAGAAAACCUCUGAGUCGGAGAAGCUGAGACUCUCGCUCCAGUCACACCUAGACUCCUCAGCACACCGUCUUCAACGCUUUGAGCAGGAACACAGCCUGGAUGUCCAGAAUAAACUUGCACUGCUUGAUGAUGAGCAGAAACGGUGUUCUGGUUUGAGCCAGGUGAACGCACUGCUUCGGGAACAACUUGAACAAGCCAAUGAAACCAAUCAGGCCCUGACGGAAAGCCUGCAGAAAGCACGAGAUGAGGCAGAACAAAGGGACACGCGACUCAGGAGGGAACUUGAGAUGAAUACCUCCCGAAACAGCCGCGAACAAGUCCGUGUACGAUCUUUGUGGCGUCAAGUUGCCUUCCUGCGGAGCUCUUUCACCCAGCUGCGGGCCUUUGCUGACAGGAGUUUAUCGGAUUUGCAAGCAGAGUAUGCAGCAACUAGCCAUCGUCUCCGUGUGGCCUGUCUAAAUUUGGAAGCUAGCAAGAGCCAGUCUUGUACCACCGCUAGCAAUGGAGUAUCAGCACUGGAGACCCAACUGAGAGACAAGCUGAGAGAGGCCAUGCAGCUCCAAGCUCGCUUUGAUGCAGAGAAAGUAGAGCUUAGCUCUAGAAUCUUGGAAUUGGGAGAAAUGGUGAAACAGCUCAGAGCACAGAACAGCGAGAAGGAAAGCAAUCUGAUUGCACUGCGGAGCAAUUUGAACAAGAUGGAAACAAAUCGGUCUGAAGACAGAGCAGAGAGGGAUGCCUUACGCAGUGAGAUCAGCAGCCUGCAUCAGAUACUCCACAACAUUAAUCAGGUGGUCAGUGGAGAGGUUUCCCGAGACUGCUCAUCCAAACAUGAGCACUCUUUUAUUUCUGCAGGAUCUAUAUCCUCAUCUCAACGAGAGGGUCCACUGAUAGCUGUGCAAAAAGCACUGUUACAGCGGCAGACACAAACUGAGGAUCUGCAAGCAUGUCUGGAAGCUUCCCAAGAGCAGGUUGUCACUUUGCAAAAGCAGCUGCAUGUGGAAGAAGAUAAAACCAGAACCCUGGAAAAAAGACUCCAAGAACUGCAGCAAGAGAACCAGCUAUUGGAAAGAGCUGAGGAGGACAGCACUAGAGAUGCUGAGAGAUACCGCAACUCUCUGGGAAUAAUAACCAGUGAAAAAGGAGAGCUUGAGAGGCAGCUCUCAGCCAUGCAGCAGCAGCUGGAAUGCACACAAACAGAGCAGGAAGGUUUGAGAAGUUCCUCUCUGGAUGUUCAGAGGCAGAGAGACCUCCUCAGGCAGCAGAGGGAGGACCUGGAGAGGCAGCUGGCCCGAGAACGCUCUGAAUCCGAGAGGGGUCGACACACUCUGGAGCAGUUGGAGGCAAGGUACUCAGAUGUGCGUAAAGAACUGGUCACUCUAAAGGAAGCUUUAAGUCAGCUGUCUUUACAGAAAGAGGUUCUAGAGGACGAAAACAGAAGUCUUGCUCAGGCUCUCUCUAAGGCGGAGGCCCAGAAUGCAGAGCAGGAACUGGCGCUCACUAAACUACGAAGUGAAGAUGCAGGGCUACAGGACUCCCUGGCCAAGAUGGGAGCCCUAAGUGAGGGAUUGGCUAAAGACAAGGUUGAAUUAAACCGUCUUCUCCUACAGGCCGAGGCUGAAAAAGCAGAGCUUGGUGAGCGUAGACGGGAAGCAGAACUAGAGCGAAUGGCAGCCAGAGAGGAACUAGCUCGACUUCAGCAGGAGCUGUUAGACCUAACGGCAGAGAAACGUGCUCUGGAGGCCUCACACAAUUACCUUCAAGAGGCCAAAAUGACCCUAGAUGCAGAGUACAACCUCCUGCAGAGAGAGAAAAGCUCAGUCCAGGAGCAGCAUGCCCAGGCCAGUAAGCAGAAACAAGCUGUGCAGGAACAGUUAAAUGCAUGUCAUAGAGAAAUGGAGCUGAGCGCUGCCUUGCUGCAGAAGACUUACAAAGAGAGAGAUGAACUGGCAAGAGACAAAGCCAAUCUCACAGUGCAACUCACCUCAGAGCAACGUAAAUCCAAGGCUCUGGCCCAAGACCUAGCCGCUCUGCGGGCUGAGAGAGAGUCUCUAGAGUCAAGCCUGUUGGACAGGCAGGAACUGGCCUCAUCUCUAGAGGCCAUACGAGAUAGACUAGAUGGAGAGAAUGCUAGUCUACAGCAGGCUAACAAGUCCUUGACGCGUGAACUUUCUAGUGUUCAAAGUGAACUAGAGCAGCAAAUGUCCCGGGCUUUGCAGGAGAAACAGGCUUUAGAGUUAAAGCUUGCUCAGGCAGAAAGAAACGCACAAGAAAUGCUCAUUACAACACAGCAAAGCCAUCAGGAGCAACUGCACACUGAGCGAAAACACAAGGAACGCAUGCAUGCAGAGUUGUGCGCACAGAGGGAGCAGGCAGAAUCGCAGCUGCGGGCGGAGUGCAAGGAGCUGCGCAUACAGAGUCGCAGAGUUCUGCAACAGCUGCAGGAAGAUCUAGCCAAACUGCAGCAACACUGUACAGAGUCCCUGCUGCAGGCCGAGAGCCAUAAACAGCAGGUUCUGUCUGAAAAGGAGGCAGAGAAAGCGACUCUUAUUGAGCGCAUAAUCACCCUCGAGCGUGACAUGGAGGCAGCUGCCCUUGAAAAGGAUCGUAUGCGUAGAGAUUUCCUGAGCAAACAGGAGCAAGACAAGGACACAGCUUCAGGAUUGCAGGCAGAGCUGCAUAACCUGCGGUCUCGUUUUGAGGAGUCUCUGAGUUCUCGUGAAGUUUCAGAGCGCAGCUUAAAUGAGCAGAUCAGAGAGCUGUCUACGCAGUGGCAGGGGGCUCACCAAGAGGCAGAGCGUUUGAAGAGGGAACUGAGUGAGGUGGAGGAGAGCAGAGACACUGGUCGUAAAGAACUGAUCGAGGCUCAUCGAGAGCUGAGGGAAUGCUUGCAGGAUAAAGAUGAGCAGCGGCGUGAGGGCUUAGACCUCAAAAGAGCUUUAGGGGAUGCUGUGAGAGAGAAAGAGGCCAUCAAUACUUCCAAUCAUGAACUUCGAACAGCUUUGAAGAGAGUAGAGUUUGAAAACAACAGUUUGAAGCGAGUUGGAGAGGAGAAAGACCAGAGGCUGACAGUGUUAGAAGAGUGUAAGUCCUCCCUCCAGCAGGAGGUGCUAAAGCUGAGAACCAACAUGCGCGAGCUUGAGAAAUCUCGCUUACAGGCACGCAGAGAACUACAAGAACUGCGAAGACAGGUGAAGACAUUGGAGGGCCAGUGCACUCAGCAAGGUCAAGAGUUGAGUGACAUGCAGGCCAGACUGACUCAGGAAGAGCAGAGAGAAGAGGAAAUGAGAAAGGAGACCUUUACCCUUAGACAAAAAGUACUGGAAAGUGAAGCUGGAAAAGAAGCGGCCCUGAAGGAGGCAGCAGGUUUGCAGCGUCAUAUAGCAGAACUGGAAGAAGCACAUCAACAGGAGAAAGAGUUGCAGCAACAACGGGAUGCCAGUCUUCAGGAUAGCCAAUUGAAGCAGCGUGAAGAGGUUGCACGCUUGGAGGGGGCACUGCAAGAAUCUCAGGCCCAGCUCAGGGAAUUUGGGCUAUCGGUCAAUCUUGCAGAGGCCCGUGCCCAAGGGCUGGAAGAGCAGCUAGCACAGAAUGAUGCCAAACGGAGAGAUCUUGAGCACAGAUUGAAUGUUCUCAAUUCUACUUUGAGACGUACACUCGGAUCCAGGCGUGGAAGGCAAUCACCCACACCUGGGGAACGAGGACGGAGCCCCUCGCCAUGGAGAACUCGCUCACCUGUAAAAGGUGAAAUCAUAUCAGAUGAGACUGGGGUGGGUGGGUUGCCAGUGUGUUCUCUGUCCCCCUCCCGCAGGGAAGAUGGCGAGUUGGAUCUGGAUGCAGUUCAGAUGUUACUGCAUAGCUUCCAGCAAGAGCUCAGGGACACACAGAAAGAACGGGAUGAAUCACAUGCACAGGUCCACAGUCUCAGCAAACAGGUAGAAAAUCUGCAGGCUAAUCAGGAGAGAAGCAACACAUGUAUACAGAUGCUGAGACAAUCUAUCAGAGAGCUGGAGGAGGGAAAGCGUGAGCUGGCCAAACAUUUAGAGGGGAUGCAAGCAUCACUCGUUUUACGGGAUGAGGCAGUUCAGCGUGGAGAAACACAGAAUAGGAUUAUGAAUGAAGAGUUGGCCAAAAUGAAGAAAAGCCAACUGAUAAUUGAGACCGAGGCCAAAGCACUGCAGGAUAAGCUUGAACGCUCCCAGGCCUCUGAGGAAAGUCUGGAGGCUGAGCGUCGCCGCUUGAAGGAGACCUGUGAGGCUGUGGAUGCUCGAGCUGCCAGGCUAGAUCUCAAACGGAGAGGGUUGGAAGGAGAGUUGCAGCGUGCCCAGCUCAGAACCACAGAGAUGGAGGCAGAAGCCAGCUCACUCCAGGAAAGGCUUAACAACCUCCGCAGAGAGCUGGGAGACAGUGAAGAGCGUGCUGCUCUCCUGAAGGUUGAAUGUGAGAGGUUGGCAACUGCCUUGGCACAUAAAGAACUGCAGGAGAGCCAGCUAAAGGACAAGCUGCAGGCCUUGACUGCAUCCCUGACUGACAGCAAUGCUUCUGCGGGAACAGCACGAGAUCAGGCUGUCCAGCUGCAGCGAGCUCUCUCAGCCAGUGAACAUAACCAGAAGAUGGUGCAGGAAAAGUUGGAUAAGACACGAGAGGCUCUAACACACAGUAGGAAGCAAAAUCAUGACUUGAGUGAGAGACUGCAGAGCCUGCAGAGAAGCCAGGAGGAGUGUGAACUCAAGGUCUCCGAACUGGACAAACAGACACGUGUCCUGCAGGAGACUGUAAGACAGAGGCAACAGGCUGAGCAGGAGGCGCAAGAGAGCUGUUUACUCCUGCAAGAGCAAAAUAGUCAGCUUCAGGAACAGGUGGCUACCCUGCAGACAACUGCCCAUCGGCUACAAGGAGAGAAGUCUGACCUGGAGAGGACACUGCUGCGUCUGGGAAAAGACAGGUCCUCUCUAAAACGUACCCUGGAGAAGGUGGAACACAAUCGCCAAAAGAAAGAGGUGGAGAUAUUGCAUGGUGAGCGUGAGAGAGAACAGCAAGAACAAAAAAUCCGAAAUCUAGAGGAAGAAUUAAACGAGACCCAGGCAGAAAUUCACACUCUACAAUCACAGAUCUCUAUCCUGGAGCAUACUCACUCUCAAAGACUUUUAGAAGUGUCAGCUCGCCACAAGCAAGAGCUGGACCUGGAGAGCGAGCGGAUGAGGGACUCCCAGCAGCAGACAGAGAGAGCUCUGGAGGCUCGUGAGAAAGCUCACCGCCAGAGGGUCCACUGCUUGGAGGAACAGGUUUCCACAUUAAAAGAACAGCUGGAGCAGGAGAUGAAGAGGAGGCAAGCAUAUAUGAAGCAGAUGCUGAGAGUGAACCUCUGAAAAUCCAGAAUAGCUUGGGAAUUCAGCUGACAGUUUUUUUGUUUUGUUUUGAUACCAAACAUGUUUGCCUAUAACCAGUGAAAUGGGGCCAGUGCUUACAUGGAUGGACUUACGCAUAAUAAAAUCUUAUACACGCGCACACACACACACACACACACACCUUGGUUUUAAAAACAUACAGAAUCACUGGUCUCAGGGAGAAUUGUUGGACUACAUUUGCACAAAUACUUUAAGUAAUCCUGAUCCACAUCGUAAGAACCCAAUAACAACAAACAAAGAGAUCGCUGUUUCACCAAAUGCUUCUCAAUUGCCAAAUUGUUUUAAGGAUUUGUGCAGCAAACUCCUGAAGCAGACUAUAAAUCUAUCUUAAGCCUAUCCAUGUUCGUCUUACAGCAUUAAGCACAGUUUCUUCAUCUCUCUCUGUCACACACACAGACUUUAGAACAUCUGUAGCUUAAACAUCACACAUUAGGUCUCCAUCAUUUUUAUAUUCUUGCUUUAUUUUCUUUAUAAUUUGCUACUUGGUAACACAAAGUGAUUUCUAUUUAAUUGUGAUUAACCAAUCAUCUACUUUACAGCUAGAAU